AUGUCACCCAAGAAGACUCUCGUCGUCUUCGGAGCAACAGGCAGUCAAGGAGGCUCCGUCAUUAAGACCAUUCUCGAGGAUCGCACACUCAGUUCCCAAUUCGAGAUUCGAGGUAUAGCCAGAGAUCCGUCAAAGCCUUCGGCAGCUGCUCUUGCACAGAAAGCAGUCACCCUCGUCAAGCCCGACCUUGAUGAUAAGCCUUCUUUGACUCACGCCCUGAAAGAUGCCUACGCCGUCUCCGCCGUGGCAAACUGGCAAGAAGUCAUGAACGAAGAGCGAGAUGUCCAGCAAGGAGAGAAUGUCGCCGGUGUCGCAAAGAAGCAAAACGUCCAGCACCUAGUCUGGAGCAGCCUCCCUUACGUGUUAAAGAGCAUGAACCCAAAUCACCCCCCAAUCACCGAAGGCAAAACCACAGGUGUCCUGCACUUUGACAGCAAACCAAUCGUGAAAGAAUACAUCAUCUCACUUGGCAUCCCUUCACCUCCCUACCUGCUCUUCUGGCUCAAGCCCGUCUCCCCGUCCCCCUCCCCGACCUCCAAAUCCUACAAGUCCUUCCUCCCUCUCACCCAAUCCCUCAAACUGCCCAUGAUUCCCGUCAACUGCGACACAGGAAAAUACGUCAAGGCAAUCCUCUUGAACCGCGAGAAGGUUCCUCGGGAAACAGACCUCCGUUCCUGA